AUGGAUCAUCCAGCUGAUGCCCUGCGUGGGUCCAGCCGAAAGGUCGCUUGUGACCGUCGGCGCCCCAACUGCGGGUUCUGUGUCAAGAACCACUUUGCGUGCGAGUAUGCGGCGACGCGACGGCCCGGCGUCCGGGCGGGCUAUAUUGCAAAGUUAGACCGUCGGCUAAUGGAGCUGGAGCAGCGAGUGCGAGAUCUAGAGAACGGCCCAAGAGGUACUCGAGCAUCAGCAGUGUCGCAGCCGAUAUUGACCCAAGCUCCAGGAUCUGUCUGCCAUGAUCAAGAUAUGGCGGCUCCAGUAGUCAGCGACUCCGGCAUAGCAUUGACAAGUACCGCCUACACGCAAGACGAGCAUCUUUCGUCUCCAAAUCCAAGUAGGCCUGUUCUUACUACGCCACAUGCCAGUCCUGGCGACACUCUAUCAACCAACUCGACUCAGUUCGACCCGUUCUCAUAUCCUGUGCUGUCGAAUCUAUGCUCGAUAUGGUUUAAGAAAUACCAUCCUUGGUUCCCCAUCCUACACCAGCCCUCCUUGACGGCGUCGUUGCAGAAUUUCGAAAGCGCAGAAGCAUUCAGUCAGUACCUGGCUGUCAAAGCAAUCUGUGCCGUAACCCUCGUCCACUAUGAGUCGCCGUUUGUCAGUCCAGAUGAGCGGAAGCAAUGGUCAGAUAGCUUGCGUGAUACUAUCUGCUCACAGGCAUUGAAAUGUGUCUCCCUUCAAUCGGUGCAAGCUCUGUUGAUUCUCUCCAACCUUGAAUAUGGCGAAGGGCGGUUCGAGCAGUUUUGUAACCUCAUCGCACUUUGCAAGCGCAUGACCUCUCAGCUGGGCUACGGAACAUUGGUCAGGAAGCAGGUAGAUCACAUCAGCUCGUCAGCUUCAGUGCCACCACGACUUCAUCCCCUGUCCACAACUAUCAUCGACCGCGAAGAGCGCAUUCGAGCUUACUGGAUGUCCGAGAUGCUGGACAGCAUGUCCACUGUCGGCGUGGAUUGGGACACAGGCGCUGCACCUCCCAUGUCGAAUGGCAUCCUACCCUGCAGCGAUUCUCUGUGGGCAUUCCCAGAGCACAUCAUCAAUAUCUGGUCCUUUGGACAGUUCCGCUACUCUUCGGCUUUUUCGCUGUGUGUUAUUUUUGCCACGAACGAGCUAUGGUUUGUGCAUGGCUUUCUUCAAAAGUCGUGGGACCUCAGUGAUCCCCACGAUCGCAGCCAGUGGCAGAGCGAGGCUCAGAAGAUUGACGAGCGGCUAACUGCCUGGCGCGAAGAGUUUGUGGCUGCCGUGUAUCGGUUGAUCAACGCAGAAUAUGCCGAAGAAGAACGCGCCGAGAUGGACCCGAAUAUCGUCUUGACCAACUGCGUGCUUGAUAUUGCUGUUGUCUUGCUUUUCCAGCGCAUGUCCACUAUUCCUCGAGAGAUUGAUCCUUCUGCCGAGCCAUGGCAAUACGCAACCAAUCGCUGCAUCUAUGCUUGCGACAACAUGGUAUUCAAAGUGCGACAAAUGACCGACGACGAGCUCAGCGUGAGCAACCCACAUCUCGUGUUCUGUUUAUUUACCGUUGCGCGGUUCUAUAUUGUGUAUGCAAAAACCGUCAAUGCCGACGUUCCGAGCGGCGUGCGUUCCAUGGCGUAUGCACUGCUAUGCUCGGGGAAACGAUGGCCCCUGGCACUGGGCUACGAGAGUGUGAUCCGCACCGCCAUCUCAGAGCACCGUUCUUUGAUCUCGGAGUCCUCGCUUCCAACCCGGUUCUACGACCUACGCUAUUCCACGUUGAACCUCAAAGAUGAUUUGCGAGAAUGGUGUGAGGGAGGCCCCCACGUUUCGUCGCAGGUGACUGUCUAA